AUUAGGAUACAAACUACCAUAAAAUGAAUAAAUUAAUACAAAACAGGAAACAGUGUUACUGGGCUGACUGGACAUUGUUGAUGGGCUGACCGGACAACGGAGCGCGACCUUUUCUACUGUCUUCAAACUGGAGUGACUCCGCCCGAAUUACACGGCUCGGUGCAGCCCCGGGCGGGGCCGUGGCGUUAUUAUUCAUGUUGUCAAGGAGUGAGAUCACUAGGACAGAGAGAAAGAGAGAGAGAGUUCCACUUGAAUAUUCUACAGAUCCAAAGUUAUAAGUGAUCGCGUGAGUCUACAAUAAUGCGGCGCGCAAGAUGAGUCGCCAACAAGACUCAAAGGGAGUCAUCUUGACCGGGUACUUCAGCAACAGCGAAGUUGUACCGCCUCUAACGGGACUAAACAAUGUCGAGGACAGCGAGUCUCCUGCUCUAAGUAGGAGGAGUGGUCACUAUAGUGUACAGGCCAAAGGCAAACAUGGCCCCACCCCUGGCCUUAGCCCCGCCCCUGGGUCCAGCCCUAUCCUCAAACCCACCCAUCUCUCCCCCGCAUCAAACUCCACCAACAUAUCGGGCCAAGGCUCUACCCCCUCCUGCAAGCUGCCCUAUCAGCGAUGCAACUCACAGGACUCCCUGGAUGAGCUGGCCAUGGAUGACUACUGGAAGGAGGUGGAGCACAUCAGCUCCAGCCGGGGGGGAGAGGGGGCAGAGGGGGCAGAGGGGGCAGAGGGGGGAGAGGGGGAGGCCCAGGAGGAGGUGCAGCUGAAGGUGCCUGAAGAAGGGGAGCAGGAAGAGGCGUGGCUAGAGGAGGCGGGACUUGCCAUGCUGUUUGAUGAUUCGUCGGUGGAGAAGGAGGACAGUCUGGUGCUGCUGUCCACUCUGACGCGCACACAGGUGGCAGCCGUGGAGCGCCGGCUCACCUCGCUGACGCUACGCAAGAGGAAGCAGACACACCACGUCCCCGACGUACGGGACAUCUUCAGACAGGGGUCAAAGGAGCAAGAGGCCCCGCCCACAGCAGGAAGUGAGACCAGGAAUGAGGAAGCAUCUUCUGCUGGAGUAGACCAGGGAAGGGUAGAGGCAGAAACUGACCUGAACCUGGAGGUGUCCUUCUCAGAGCAGGCCCUCAGCUACAGAGAGGGGUCAAAGGUUGCAGAAGAGGCCUCAUGUGACACGGAUGACCAACUUCCUAACUUCAAGGUGAUUCGGGACAAGACUGGGCUGACCAAGGUGGGGGACCUUUCACCCCAGGACAUGAAGAAGGUCCACCGCCUGGUCCUCAUCGAGAUGACGGCGCUGUACGACACGGCCGGGAUCGACCUCAAGGCUCACAAGGCCGUCAAAUUGAAGGUCAAAGAGUGGGGUCUUUUUGGCGUGCCCCUGGUCACCCUCCUGGAGCAGGACCAGGGCAGAGCUCCAGGAACCAGGGUCCCCAUCAUCCUGCAGAGGCUAAUCAACCACAUAGAGGAGGAGGGUCUGGACACUGAGGGUCUGCUAAGGAUACCUGGAUCAGCCACUAGAGUCAAGGCGGUAUGUCAGGAUCUGGAGGCUAACUUCUAUGAGGGCGUGUUUCCCUGGGAGACCCUGAAGCAGCACGAUGCUGCCAGCGUGCUCAAGCUGUUCAUCAGAGAGCUGCCCCACCCCCUGCUCACUGUGGAAUACCUCAACGCCUUCAUAGCUGUGCUCAAACUGCCCACUAAGAAGCAGCAGCUUCAGGCUCUCAACCUGCUGGUCUUACUACUGCCAGAGGCCAACAGAGACACUCUCAAGACCCUAAUGGAGUUCUUCCAGCGAGUCAUAGACCACAAGGAUCAGAACAAGAUGACACUCAACAAUGUCUCCGUGGUGAUGGCGCCCAACAUCUUUAUGUUCAAAGGCUUCCGCAGUAAAAUCAGUGAGCAGCAGGAGUUCUCCAUGGCAACCGGCAUCGCCAACAUCGUCCGUCUGCUAAUACGCUACCAGAACCUGCUAUGGACGAUCCCCAAUUUCAUCAUGAAUCAGGUGAGGAAGCAGAAUGCAGAGAACCAGAGGAAGACAAACAAGGACCACGCCAUGAGGAAGAUCCUGAGGAGGAUGGCCUACGAUCGCGAUAAGAGCGACAAGCCUGACAGAGGCUCUGCUGAGCAGGACAGUGUCCAGGGCUUCAUACGUGUCCAGGCUCCCCAGUUCUCCAAGGUGUCCAUGGCUGUACAGCUGACUGAGAAGCUGCAAGCAGCUGACGUGCUCACACGAUUUCUCAGCCAGGACAGCUGUGUGUCUGUGAAGAGGGAGGACCUGUGCCUUUAUGAGAUAGGAGGGAAUAUCAAGGAGCGCUGUCUGGAUGAGGAGACCUACAUGAAAGACCUCCAGGAGCUUAAUCCCAGUGCCGAAUGGGUAAUCAAGGCUGCUCUGCGAUAGGACCUGCCUUGCUGUGUCUGAUUGGAUGCCUGCCUGCCCUAGUAACCGCCCAAUCAGUCUGAUAGGCUUUCUGUUGAUAUACAGCAACACAGAAGAAUGUGGGUGUCGUCAAACAAGAGAAAAGGGAAACUACAGCCAAUGACAUUGGACUGACCCCACCCCACCCCACCCCCACCAUUCCAUGACCCCUCACCUAGCCCCCUCUUCUCAACUCUGACCUAACAAGGAACGUGACUGGCCCGUGAACUGUGGUUAGGGGUCAGGUGUGUCACAUGAUUGAUGAUGCACCUGCUAGUGCUGUAAGCAGACUAAACAGCUGAUGGACAUGAAUGAGCUCUUUAUUGAAACAUUCAGUCUUAGAACCUUAGAACCUAAAACAAUUUUCCCCAUAGGAUACCACAUAGAACCACUCUGGCUUCCAAAUACAAUUUAUUUUCCACAUGGAACAACAUCUAUUGUGAACGACUCAGUCUAGAAUUCUCCCAGAGUUCCAGAUAGUUCUAAUUGGGGUCCCCUACAGAAACAAAUGACUCGACACAGUACUGAGUUCAUCUGGGAGAGAAGUCCUCUCCUGGGACACACACUAUCUGUGGAACGGGUUGAAAGGCUGUAGUGUGGAGCCACAGAACAACAGGGUGGUCUUCUCCAUGCCCCAAGCCCCCCCCCCCCCUCCCCCCAUGAGAGAGGGCAGAGGGCAGAUACAGAUAGAAACAAUCAAAUGGUUUCCUCACCUGGUUCCCAGCAGUCCGUGCUGUUAGAGCAGCUGCAGUAGCUACUCCAUCAGUGAUCACUGAUAAUCUGACACUGAUGUGUGGUCUCAGCAUGAACACCCCCACACACUGACAUUCUAGUGUGGUCCCCUUAUGCAUGCAUACACACACACUUACCAAUGUGGUUCUAGCAUGGUAAGCUAACCACAUCUCAUAACAUAGCUUUAGCCUGGUGGCAAAGGUGGACAGUAUUCAUACUGAGGAGUUUAAUGGAUUAAGCUCUUGCAUAUCAUAGCUAUCUGGCUACAGCACAUAGUAUUUUAAUGCCAGACUAAAGGUCAGAUGUUGACUCAUAAAUCGACCUGUUGGUCAACAUAAAGCAGAACCCUGGGUAAUCUCUAGAGAACACUAAUGUUGAUGUGUUGUUGUUGUCCAGGGUUCCAAGCCCUCAUCGGUACACACACUGACAGACACACACACACUGACACUCUACCAUUCAUUGUGGUGGAGACAGAAGGAAUCAAAUUGUUUAAUAAGUGAUAUGUAAUCGUGUGUUUGUGUAGCAUGUUCAGCCAGCAUCAGGAAAGGACAGACCACUGUACCACAGCUCACAGCAUCUCUUUAUUACCAAGACUAAUUAGAUAGAAGCGAUACAAAAGAUAUAUGAACUCUCUGUAACAUGUUGAUUUGACCAACUAUUCCUCUCCUCUCUUGUCCUGUCUACUGUGAACAUAGCUGGGUCAGUAAUCUUAUGACUGUACUGCAGCUUCUGAAUGACCACUAAACUCCCUGUAAAUAAAGAAACCAUGAAAUGAC